UUAUAAGCAAAAAUACUCAAUUUUGUUAAAUGUUCCUAGAAUUAAGGUCAAAAAAUGUUAAAAGUAUUAAAAGUAUUAAGUUUUCUCGCUAUAAGUUCUAUAAAUUGUGAAAAUUUCAUCAAUAAGCCACCAUAUUUCUUACCCGGAGGUGACUUUUCAUCAUUCAGCAUUCCAGAAAACUUUCAAAUUGGAACUUCUGUGUAUAAAUUGAAAGGUUUCGAUCCAGAGGGUAAAAAGAUUUCUUACAGCAUCUCCGGUCCGUAUUUUUCUGUCGAGAGAAAUACUGGUAUUGUGAAGCUUAUUAAAGAACUCGACCGGGAAACGCAGAAAGAGGUGGAGACAAUUAUCACGAUUACAGACGAGUCUGAGACAAGCGAUGAAGAGCCAAAUACAGUUUCUUUACGACGAGUUAUUCCAAUAAGAGAUUAUAAUGAUUUUACACCGACAUUUUUGGGUCGACCUUACAGUGCGGAGGUGCUGGAAAUAUCGAAAAUCGGAGUUGUUUUAAAAACAACACCAAUUAUUGUAAUUGAUAAAGAUGAAGGAACAAACUCUGAGAUUACAUUAUCAUGUUAUCGAGAAGAGCUUCCAGAGCAUGAUGGUCCUUGUGACUAUUUUGAUAUUAUUACUGUGAAGAAUGAUGAAGGAAAUUACACAGCAGAAAUUCGUCUUUUGAAGCCAUUGGACUAUGAAACGAGAAAGUCAUUUUCACUGACAAUUUUAGCAAGGGACGGUUCACGCACUAAUCCCUUGAUGUCAAAUGCCACAAUCAAUAUUAAUAUUAUUGAUGCACAAGAUCAGCCUCCAAUUUUUUACGGAGGUCCUUAUUCAGCGACUGUCAGAGAAAAUCUCGAGCCAAAUGUGCCAAUCUUGCUUGUUAAUGCAUCAGAUGGUGAUAUAGGCAAUCCAAAUGAUAUUAUAUUGACUCUUGAAAAGGAAAAGUUUGGAUACUUUAAACUUGUGAAAAGUGGAAAGGGACAGGCACAAUUGGUGACAACAGACAUAAAAAUCGAUCGAGAAAAUUCGGAAGUACUUGAGAAUGGUGGAUAUUAUACAUUUUAUGUGAGAGCAACGGAAAGUUUAAAAAAUUCAACGUUAGGAGAUUCCUCAAUAUCCUCAAUUACGGUCAUGAUACAGGAUAUUGAUGAUAAUAUUCCUGAAUUCAAUCAACCAUAUUUCAAUUUAACGAUCCCAGAAAAUCUUGAGCAUGACAUGGCACUUCCGAAAUUGUCAAUAAUCAUAAACGACAGAGACAUCAAAAACAAUAGCGAAUAUAAUCUGACAAUUUCAAAUGUUGAGAAUGCCGAUGGAAUUUUUGAUAUAAUUCCCAAAUCAGGUCAGGGGAGAACACAAAUUAUUGUCAAAGUGAAAAAUCCCACAAGAUUAGAUUAUGAUGUAGAAAGUGAGGCCGAAAAGACAUAUAUAUUUGAGAUUAUAGCAACGGUUAAUUUCGUUCCAAUGUCGAAAACAUUGAUUGAGGUUCAUCUCGAUGGAGUAAAUGAUAACUUUCCGAUGUUCAAACAAUCUAAUUAUCGAUUACAAGUAUCUGAAAAUACUGACAUGGGAACUAAAAUUGGUGAAAUAUUUGCUGUCGAUAAAGACGUUGGCAAAUAUGGAAAACUAAAAUACAUUUUACGUGGAUUUGGAUCAGAAAAUUUCGUUACGGAUAGUGACGAGGGUGGAAUCUAUGUCAAAAGUAAUUUAGAUUAUGAGCAGCAAAAGAGCUAUAGUCUAUCCUUAAUUGCUCGUGAUGGUGGUGGUCGUGAAAGUAAUGCAAAUGUAUUUAUUGAUAUAUUGGAUUUAAAUGAUAACUAUCCGCAAUUCGAAAUGACUGAAUACUAUCGGAGUAUAAGAGAAGGAUCAAAAUCUUUUGAACCACAGUUUUUCGUUAAAGCUCAUGAUGCUGACGGUCUCACACAAGGAAAUGGAAAAGUAUCUUAUAGUAUUGAAUCAGAAAAUUCCAUUUCCGGCCAUGUUUUCAACAUAAAUAAUGAAACUGGUGAAAUUUAUAUUCAUUCUGGAUCGGUUCAUUCGAGUGACACAUUUGAUGGAAAUUACGAGUUGAUGAUUUGUGCGAUGGAUUUUGGCAAACCGCCUAUGAAAAAUUAUACAAAAGUUAUAAUUAGAGUUGGAUCUGAAAAUCAGCGUCCAAUUUUCCAAGGACAUUUUGCAAGCUCUGUUGAGUCGAUUCCCGGACCGCCUUUUCAUCGAAUAGCAAUUUAUGAAAAUACUACUCUUGGCUCCAAUCUAACAAUGGUUCAAGCAACUGAUCCAGAUGGUGAUGAUAAAUUACUGAGGUAUAGAUUAACAGAACCCAGCGAUUCAUUUGUGAUUGAUGAGAUAACGGGUGUCAUAAAAGUUUCUUCUUAUGCAAGACUUGACCGUGAUAAAGCAGAUUCUUAUUCAAUCAUUGUAAAUGCCAUCGAUUCUGGUAUGCCAAGCGAAACAUCUACAGUAACAAUAAAAGUAAAAGUUCUCGAUACGAAUAAUAAAGCACCAAAAUUUAGGAAAGCUUCUUACACUGCUUACGUGCCGGAGCGUAAUAAAGGACUAGAGGUGCUUAAAGUUGAAUCUUUAGAUUCUGAUUUGGAUGCAAAGCUCAAAUAUUCAAUUAUCGAGCCAAUAUUUGCUACGACCAAAGCCGGAUUCAAAUUAAAUCCCACAAACUUUGAUUAUAUAUCAACGUUCGAUAUAAAUGAAGAUACAGGCAGUAUUGUUCUAUUGAAAAACUUGGAGAGCAGUGGCCUGUAUUCAGUCACGUUGACGAUAAAAGUUCAGGAUAUGAAUGCAAUUAAUCCAAGCGAGCAAAUCGACACAUGUGAAGUCAUAUUAUACAUACAGUCAUAUAAGGAAUCUGGUCCAAUAUUCUUAAAUGAUGAAUGGAAUCCAAUGGAUAAAAGAAUUAAUUUAAAACUUAAUGAAGAGAUGCCAAUCGGAACAACUGUAUUUGAAUUUAAAGCCACAGAUCCUUUUUCAAAUGCAGAAAUUUCUGAAUUUGAUAUGGAUCCACUGCAAGAGUUCUUUACGUUAAGUGGAAAUAAACUCAUCAUAUUAAAACUCAUUGACUAUGAAAGCAUUAACAAGACACUUUAUAAAUUCGACAUAAAAGCCAUUUCGUAUGAUUCGUUUUCAAUUGCUCACAUCUCCAUUGAAAUAUUAAAUAUUAAUGAUAACAGUCCUAUUUUUGACAAUACAAAUUAUAAGGCAACAGUGCUGGAAAAUAUAAAAGACAAUGAAAUCGUAUUAAAAGUUAAAGCCACAGAUAGAGAUGCCAUAAGAAAUGAUAAUGAUAAAGUUGCUGGAUAUUCCAAUAUCGAAUAUUCAUUAAGUGGAGCAAAUUCAGCAAUGUUUGUCAUCAAUGAGAACGGUGAAAUCAGGCUUGCCAAAAAUCAGUAUUUGGAUCGUGAAAAGUUAUCAGUUGUACAUUUUCAAAUUGAUGCAGCUGACUCGUAUGGGAAACCGCUGACCGUGAAAAAAUCAAUUGCAAAUGUGACAAUCGAAGUUCUGGAUAUUAAUGACUGUGCGCCAAAAUUUUUAAAUGCGAUGAAAAAUGGAAUAAUUUAUGCUGUUCUAUCUGAGAGCUCCUUACCAAAUACAUUUAUUAUACAGCUUGAAACAUAUGAUGCAGACGAAGGCCCAUCUAGUGAAGUACGCUACGAAUUGAUAAGCGAUGGUGAAUUAUCGAAUCUCUUAAAUCUGAACGUAAAAACAGGUGAAUUGAGAACAUUGAAGUUUUUAACAGGACGAGGGAGAUCUGAUCCAUAUGAAAUUAUUGUAAGAGCUAUUGAUAAUGGAAAUCAAAUUCCAAAACAGCAGUCAUUAUUUACGGAUCAAAUACUUCACAUUUAUAUUGGCGACACAUUCCAAAAUGAUGGAAUUCCGUAUUUUAUUUCACCAACUCAUGAUGAAGAGGCUUUCAUUUAUGAAAACUCACCGAUUGGAACUAAAGUUUAUCAUGUGAUUGCUAAAGAUCCUGAUGAUCCAACAAGUCCAAGUGGCAUGCUUACAUAUCGUAUUCAAGACGAUAUUGACGAUGCGAGAUAUUUUAAAAUUGAAAGCCAUACAGGACUUGUAACAAACACUCAGUUAUUGGAUCGUGAAAUAAAAAGCAAGUAUAACGUCAUAAUUGAAGUAUCAGAUCAAGGUGAUCCCAUACAAAUAUCAACAAGAGUAUUAAAAAUUAAUAUACUCGAUGUGGACGAUGAAGAGCCAGCAUUUAUACGUGAAACAAACACAAAACCAAUUGAAUUUUCAGUUCUAGAAGAGCAAUCAAGUGGAAUUAUUCUUGGUAAUAUAACAGCCAUCGAUAGAGAUAUAGGUGAAAAUGGUGCAAUUGAUUAUGGCAUCAUUGAUGGUAAUGAACUUGAGUAUUUCAAGCUCAUUGUUGCCAAUAAUUCCGCAUUAAUAACAACGACAAAACCAAUUGAUCGAGAACUGUACGACAAGUUCUUAUUGACAAUAAAGUGCUUCAAAAUGACAACUCAUUGGCAGCAACGUACGAGUAAAAUCUCUCAUACGAGAGAGUAUGAUGCCAAUGAUUUAUCACAAAUACAAGUACUGAUAAAUAUUCUAGACAUCGAUGAUCACAAGUUAGAGUUUGAAAGAAAAACGUACACGAUAGGAAUAAGAAAUUCAAUUCCUAUCAAUACGAUAAUUUAUAAGGUACAGGCAUAUGAUAGAGACUCUGAUAAUCUUCCUAUUAAAUACUAUACCUCAAAUAUAUCUUAUGUAUCUCAAUAUCAUAGGAAAGAUACUAAGUUCAAGGAUGAUUUAACAUCCAUAUUUGAGCUGAACAAUAAAACUGGUGAAAUUUUAUUAGCUAAAUCGGUAUCGGAUUUUGUGGACGGUCAUUUUAUACUCAACAUUCAUGCAAGCAAUAAUCAGUUCACUGACAAUGAAGCGCUCGUUAAAAUCUUUAUUGUACGAGAUAAAUCUAUAAUGAAGUUUAUAUUCACAAAAUCCCCAAUGGAAGCUGAAGAAAAGUUAUCGAAAUUUUCCGAGAAACUCCAAAGUAAAUUGAACGGGACUGAAAUUGAGCUCUUGAUAUUUGAUGCACAGGCACUGAGUAAACCUGAGCAAUCUCUUGAUUUCACCUCAACAAGUUCAUGUUUCAAAUUGUUACGAAAUGGCAAUUCGUUAUCGGUACAAGAAACGAAAAAAAUACUAAAUUCAGAAGAGAUGAAAAAUCGAUUGCGUGAAACUUAUAUUGAGUAUUCGGUUGAUUCAAUUGAUUUAUGCUCCUUUGGGAAAGAAUCAACUGCUCAAAUUUCAAUGAUGGCAUCCUCAGGAAAUUGGUUAGUGUUCCUAGCAUUUCUUGUUUUGAUAGCAUCAUUCAUAUCCACCCUAGCAGCAUUUUGCUUAUUCCGAAAAGCUGAAGUUCCUAUAAAAGCACCCAUUCUUCAUCACAGAAUAUCCAAUCCCGAUGACAUAUAUAAUGGCAUGAAUGACGGCGGUGCUGAGCCGAUUUAUACAAUAAUGUAAAAAAGUUUAUGUAUUUUUUUAAACGAUAUCUAAGAUAAAGGUAUAUAUUGUGAUAGUUUAAUUCUAACGAAGAGAAAAAAAACAUUGUAUGUAGGAGAAAAGGUAAAUAAGGAGGUGAAGAAAAUGUGGGAAAUAAAAGGAAAGACCAUAAAUAAAAUAUGAAA